CGUCACCCUCGGAGUCCGAACACUUGGCCCUUUUGGAGGUCAUACGCAGUCCUCGCCCACACUGACUUUCCGCCAUGGAAUCGCAGACAGUUGAUGACGAAGCGAUGGCAGCAUAAAUGAAGAUCAAGUGAGGGAAGGAGAACGAUGCCCAAGGGUGGGUGUUCUAAAACACCACAGCAAGAAGAAUUUUCUCUCAGCAACGACAUGGUGGAGAAACAAACUGGGAAAAAGGAUAAAGAUAAAGUUUCUCUAACCAAGACCCCAAAGCUGGACCGCAGUGAUGGAGGGAAGGAAGUAAGAGAGCGAGCCACCAAGCGGAAGCUGCCCUUCACCGUGGGGGCCAAUGGAGAGCAGAAAGACUCGGACACAGAUGCCUCCAGCUCAGUCCAUGUUGUGGUACUGCAAGGCUGGUACGGUCCUCGAAGCACCAUGGCAUGAAAUGGAGGUUCCUAGAAGCAAGAAGAAAGAAAAGCAGGGUCCUGAGCGGAAGAGGAUCAAGAAGGAGCCCGUUGCCCGCAAGUCUGGGCUGCUGUUUGGCAUGGGGCUGUCUGGGAUCCGAGCUGGCUACCCUCUGUCUGAGCGCCAGCAGGUGGCUCUCCUCAUGCAGAUGACAGCCGAGGAGUCUGCAAACAGCCCAGUAGACACAACACCAAAGCACCCCUCCCAGUCUACAGUAUGUCAGAAGGGGACGCCCAACUCUGCCUCAAAAACCAAAGAUAAGGUGAACAAGAGAAACGAACGAGGAGAGACCCGCUUGCAUCGAGCAGCCAUCCGCGGAGACGCCCGCCGUAUCAAAGAGCUCAUCAGUGAGGGUGCAGACGUCAAUGUGAAGGACUUUGCAGGCUGGACUGCACUGCAUGAGGCGUGUAACCGGGGCUACUAUGACAUCGCCAAGCAGCUGUUGGCCGCUGGUGCAGAGGUGAACACCAAGGGCCUAGAUGACGACACACCUUUGCAUGAUGCUGCCAACAAUGGGCACUAUAAGGUGGUGAAGUUGUUGUUACGGUAUGGAGGAAACCCUCAGCAAAGCAACAGGAAAGGCGAGACGCCGUUGAAAGUAGCCAAUUCCCCAACGAUGGUGAAUCUCCUAUUAGGCAAAGGCACAUACACUUCCAGUGAGGAGAGCUCCACUGAGAGCUCUGAAGAGGAGGAUGCACCAUCAUUUGCACCUUCUAGCUCCGUUGAUGGCAAUAACACGGACUCUGAGUUUGAAAAAGGCCUAAAGCUCAAGGCUAAGAAUCCAGAGCCACAGAAAACUGUGACACCUGUCAAGGAUGAAUAUGAAUUUGAUGAGGAUGAUGAGCAGGACAGGGUUCCUCCAGUGGAUGACAAGCACUUGCUGAAGAAGGACUAUAGGAAAGAAACUAAAUCAAACAGCUUCAUUUCAAUACCCAAAAUGGAAGUUAAGAGUUACACAAAAAACAACACGCUUGCACCAAAGAAGGCAGCCCAUCGCAUCUUGUCAGACACGUCAGACGAAGAGGACGUGAGUGUUGCCAUGGGUGCUGGGGAGAAGUUGAGGCUCUCAGCACACACAAUGCUACCCAGUAGUAAAGCACGAGAGCCUUCCAGUUCCAGACAGCAGAAGGAGAAAAAUAAAGUGAAAAAGAAGAGAAAGAAAGAAGCAAAAGGCAAAGAGGUUCGUUUUGGAAAGAGGAAUGACAAAUUCUGUUCCUCUGGGUCGGAGAGUGAGUCCUCAGAUAGUGAUGAGGAUGAUGGGGAUUCUGUGGGGAGCUCAGGCUGCCUCAAGGGGUCCCCAUUGGUGCUGAAGGACCCUUCCCUGUUCAGCUCACUGUCCGCUUCCUCCACCUCGUCUCAUGGCAGUGCUGUAGCCCAAAAGCAUAACCCCAGCCACACAGAUCAGCAUGCCAAACACUGGCGCACUGACAAUUGGAAAGCCAUCUCUUCCCCGGCCUGGUCCGAGGUCAGCUCUUUAUCAGACUCCUCAAGGACGGGACUGACCAGCGAGUCUGACUGCUCCUCCGAGGGCUCUAGUGUGGAGUCUCUGAAGCCCACAAGGAGGAAGCAGGAGCAUCGCAAGAGGGGAAGCCUGCAGAGCAUGCCACCUGAGAAGAGAAGCACCUUCCACCCUUGCACGGAUGGUGCUGUCCCCAAACUGGACAAGGAGGGAAAAGUGGUCAAAAAACACAAGACAAAACACAAACACAAAAACAAGGAGAAAGGGCAGUGUUCAGUCAACCAGGAACUUAAAUUGAAAAGCUUUACAUAUGAAUAUGAGGACUCCAAACAAAAGUCAGAUAAGGCUAUCCUCUUAGAUAAUGACAUGUCCACUGAAAAUAAGUUGAAAGUGUUGAAACACGACAGAGACCAUUUUAAGAAAGAAGACAGACUUGGCAAGAUAAAGUCAGAAGAAAAGGAAUGGCUCUUUAAAGAUGAGAAGGCUCUAAAGAGAAUCAAGGACAUGAAUAAAGACAUCAGAUCUUUCCGGGAAGAGAAAGACCGGUCUAGUAAAGCAGAAAGGGAAAAGUCUACAAAAGAAAAAUCUCCCAAGGAGGAAAAACUGAGACUGUACAAAGAGGAGAGGAAGAAAAAGUCCAAAGAACGGCCCUCCAAGCUAGAGAAGAAAAAUGACAUGAAAGAGGACAGGAUUUCCAAGGAGAAGGAGAAAGUCUUCAAAGAGGACAAAGAAAAACUCAAAAAAGAAAAGGUAUACAGAGAAGAUGCUACUUUUGAUGACUAUUGUAACAAAAGUCAGUUUUUGGAGCAUGAGGAAACCAAGUUUAGCCUUUCUGAUGAUCAGCAGGACAGGUGGUUUUCCGACCUGUCUGACUCCUCUUUUGAUUUCAAAGAAGACAGUUGGGACUCUCCGGUGACCGACUACAGGGAUAUCAAGAGUGACUCAGUGGCCAAACUUAUCCUGGAAACAGUGAAAGAAGACAGUAAGGAAAAAAAGCGUGACAACAAAAUCCGGGAAAAACGAGACUUCAGAGAUUCUUUCUUCCGAAAGAAGGACAGAGACUAUCUGGACAAGAACUCUGAAAAGAGAAGAGAGCAAACAGAAAAGCAUAAAAGCAUGCCUAACUAUCUCUCCGAGAAAGACAAGAAGAGAAGAGAGUCUGCUGAAGGCGGCCGGGAUAGGAGGGAUGCUGUGGAGAGCUCCCGAGAGCGGAGGGAUGGGCGCGUGCGGACUGAGGAGGCACACAGGGAGGACCUGAAGGAGUGUGCUUGUGAGAGCACCUUCAAGGACAAGCCAGACUGCGACUUCACCAAGAGUCUGGAGCCCUGGGAGCGGUCCCACACGGCAAGGGAGAAAGAGAAGAAGGAGGGCCUGGAAAAGGAGCGUAAGGAGAAGGUGAGGACAGAAAAGUACAAAGAUAAGUCCAGCGAAAGAGACAGAAGUGAGAAAUCUAUCCUCGAGAAGUGUCAAAAAGACAAAGAAUUUGAAAAAUGUUUUAAAGAGAAGAAAGAUAGCAAGGAAAAGCAUAAAGACAUGCAUGGUAAAGACAAAGAUAGGAAGACAUCUCUUGACCAAGCAAGAGAGAAGAAGGAUAAGACAUUCCCUGGUAUCAUCACAGAUGACUUCUCUGAAAAAAGGGAUGACAAGAAGGGGAAGGAGAAGAGCUGGUACAUUGCAGACAUAUUCACAGAUGAAAGUGAAGAUGAGAAAGAUGAUUACAUGGCUAGUGCCUUCAAGGUCGGAGAGGCCAAUGAGUCACAGAGGAUUGACAGUCUCCAGGAGAAGGAAGAUGGGAGAGAGCUGCACCCCUCAGACAGGCACAGGAAGUCAUCUUCUGAUAGGCAGCAUGGGGAGAAGCCUAGAGACAAAGAGCUCAAAGAGAAGAAGAAGGACAGAGGAGCUGCCGAGUUGGGGAAAGACAAAAAAGAAAAGCUCUUUGAAAAGCACAAAGAAAAGAAAGAUAAAGAGUGCUCAGAAAAAUACAAGGAUAGGAAAGAUAGAACUUCUGUUGACUCUGCCCAGGAAAAGAAAAAUAAACAGAAACUCCCUGAGAAGGUGGAGAAGAAGCACUCUAUUGAAGACAAGGCCAAGAGUAAGCAUAAAGAGAAGCCAGAGAAAGAUCACUCCCGAGAGAGAAAGGCCUCGCGGGGCCCUGAGGUGGAGAAGAGCCUACUCGAGAAGCUGGAGGAAGAGGCUCUUCAUGACUAUCGUGAAGACUCCAAUGACAAGAUCAGCGAGGUCUCAUCUGAUAGCUUUGCUGACCGUGGCCAAGAGCCCAGCCUGAGCACCCUCCUGGAGGUGUCCUUCUCUGAGCCACCACAAGAAGACAAGACCAGGGAGAGCACCUGCCUGUCAGAGAAACUGAGGGAGAAAGAAAGGCACAGGCAUUCCUCAUCAUCCUCUAAGAAAAGCCAUGAGCGUGAGAGAGCCAAGAAAGAAAAGGCUGACAAGAAAGAAAAGAAUGAAGACUACAAGGAUGGCAGGAAAGACUCCUAUGAUAAGGACUUUUUGGAUGCUGACUCUUAUGGGAUUGCUUACACUACAAAAGCUGACAUUGAAGAGGAGCUAGAUAAAACAAUUGAAUUGUUCUCUGCAGAAAAGAAAGACAGAAAUGACUCUGAAAGAGAGCCUGCCAAAAAAAUAGAAAAGGAACUUAAGCCGUAUGGUUCCAGUACCAUCAGCAUCUUAAAAGAGAAGAAGAAGAGGGAGAAACACAGGGAGAAGUGGAGAGAUGAGAAGGAGAAACACCGCGACAAGCAUGUGGAUGGGUUUCUGAGACACCAUAAGGAUGAGCCGAAGCCUAUAACCAAAGACAAGGACAAUCCUCCCAACUCCUUCAAGGAGAAAUCCAGGGAUGAAAGCCUGAAGCUCAGCGAAACCAAGCUGAAGGAGAAGUUCAAGGAGAAUGCCGAGAAAGAAAGGGGUGACCUUGUGAAGAUGAGCAAUGGGAACGACAAACUCCCAGCAUCUAGAGACCAAGGCAAGAAAGACACCAGGCCCCGUGAAAAGCUCCUGGGAGAUGGUGACCUCAUGAUGACAAGCUUCGAAAGGAUGCUAUCCCAGAAGGACCUGGAGAUCGAAGAACGCCACAAGCGCCACAAGGAGCGCAUGAAGCAGAUGGAGAAGAUGCGGCACAGGUCUGGUGAUCCCAAGCUCAAGGAGAAGAAGCCGACUGACGAUGGGCGCAAGAAGAGCUUGGACCUUCCUUCCAAGAAACCUCUGGGGCUAGAUUCUUCUUUUAAAGACAAAAAGCUUAAAGAGUCAACUCCCUUGCUGCCUGCCACAGAAAGUAAGCCACACUCGGGACCAGGUACAGAGUCUAAGGACUGGCUAGGUGGGCCACCCCUGAAGGAGGUCCUACCUGCUUCACCCCGAACUGAGCAGGGCCGGCCCACUGGGGUGCCCACCCCCACCUCAGUGGUGUCAUGCCCCAGCUAUGAGGAAGUGAUGCACACGCCCCGGACCCCAUCUUGCAGUGCUGAUGAUUACCCCGACUUGGUGUUUGACUGCGCUGACUCCCAGCACUCAAUGCCGGUCUCCACCACGUCCGCUAGCGCCUGCUCCCCACCCUUUUUUGACAGGUUUUCUGUGGCCUCCAGUGUGGUUUCAGAAAAUCCAGGACAAACACCCACAAGGCCUCUUUCCACCAACUUGUAUCGCUCAAUCUCUGUGGACAUCAGGAGGACCCCUGAGGAGGAAUUCAGUGUUGGGGACAAGCUGUUCAGGCAGCAGAGUGUCCCUGUAGCUUCUAGUUUCGACUCCCCAGUCCAGCACUUGCUGGAAGACAAGGCUCCUCUGCCACCUGUUCCUGCAGAGAAGUUUGCCUGCCUGUCCCCAGGAUACUAUUCUCCAGACUAUGGUAUCCCCUCUCCCAAGGUGGACAAUCUGCACUGCCCUUCGACAGCUGUGGUCAGUGCCACACCACCCCCAGAAGGCGUCUUCUCCAGCUUACCAGCAAAGGCCUCCCCUUCCCCCAGAGGUGAGCUGCUAGCCCCAGCCAUUGAAGGGGCUCUGCCCCCAGACCUGGGUCUCCCUCUGGAUGCCACAGAGGACCAGCAGGCCACAGCUGCCAUCCUCCCACCAGAGCCCAACUACCUAGAACCCCUGGAUGAAGGCCCCUUCAGCACUGUCAUUACAGAGGAGCCUGUUGAGUGGACCCACCCUGCUGCUGAGCAGGCCCUUUCCUCUACCCUCAUCGCCAGUGCCUCUGAAAACUCUGUCAGCUGGCCUGUGGGCUCUGAACUGCUGCUGAAGUCUCCACAGAGGUUCUCAGAGUCCCCAAAACAUUUCUGCCCUUCAGAGUCCCUCCAUGCCACCACCCCAGGACCAUUCAAUGCUGCAGAACCCCAGUACCCUGUCUCUCCGGUCUCCUACCCUUUGCCAGCUACUGAGCCAGGCCUGGAGGAAAUCAAAGAAGACGAGGCGGGAGCAAUCCCAGAGGCCAUCUCGACUGCAGAGGGAGCUGCUCCUUAUGCUACUCCUGCCAGGCUGGAGUCCUUCUUUAGCACUUGCAAGUCACUCCCAGAUGCACCCUUAGACACAGUCCCUGAGCCUACAUGUGUCACCACUGUGGCUCAGGUAGAGGCUCUAGGGCCCCUGGAAAGCAGCUUCUUGGACAGCAGUCACAGCCUGUCUGCCCUUGGCCAGGUGGAACCAGUGCCUUGGCACAACACCUUCACCAGCCCUGAGGAUGACCUGGACCUGGGGCCUUUCUCAUUGCCAGAGCUCCCUCUUCAGGCCAAAGACACUUCAGAUGUUGAGGUGGAAGCUGUGGAGGGAAGUCCUGUUCCUCCAGAAGAGAACCCUUCUGGGCCCCCUGGAGUCCUCAACAAUGGGGAUGUCUCGACAUUGGCAGCUGAGGAACAACCAGCACCACCUCCCGAGGAAGCAUCGCCCCACCUCCCCACGGAGCUGGAGCCCUCAGAGGAGCCAAAGCUGGAUGUGGUUCUAGAAGCCACAGUGGAAGCAGAGACCCUGCCAGACAAGAGAACCCCUGAGGACUUGGACUCUAGCUUGGUGGCAGCCCCUAGUCCCCUUGAACAGCAUCCCUUGGGAGGUGGGAAAGAGGAGACUGAGGCUGAAGACCCUUCUGCUGCUCCCUGUUGUGUACCAGAUGGCCCCACCCCGGAUGGCUUAACACAGGCACACAAUGGUGCUGAGGCCACCUGUGCCACCACUGUGGUGGAGGGGCCCCCAGGAAGUGUCCAGCCAGAAGCUACAGACCCAGAGCCCAAGCCCAUAGUUGAAGCUCCUAAGGCCCCCAAGGUAGAGGAGCUUCCUCAGCGCAUGACCAGGAACCGGGCCCAGAUGCUGGCCAGCCAGAGCAAACAGAGCACAGCCCCUGCAGAGAAGGACCCAGUGCCUGCCCCAACUUCCAGAGCCAAGGGCCGUGCCUCAGAGGAGGAAGAUGCCCAGGCCCAGCACCCCCGCAAGCGCCGCUUCCAGCGCUCCAGUCAGCAACUGCAGCAGCAGCUGAACACGUCUACACAGCAGACACGGGAGGUCAUCCAGCAGACACUGGCCGCCAUCGUGGAUGCCAUCAAGCUGGAUGCCAUUGAGCCCUACCACAGUGACAGGUCCAACCCAUACUUUGAGUACCUUCAGAUCAGAAAGAAGAUUGAAGAGAAACGGAAGAUUCUCUGCUGCAUCACGCCACAGGCUCCCCAGUGUUAUGCUGAGUAUGUCACCUAUACAGGGUCCUACCUCUUGGAUGGCAAGCCACUUAGCAAGCUGCACAUCCCUGUGAUAGCACCUCCUCCCUCCCUAGCAGAGCCCUUGAAGGAACUGUUCAAGCAGCAGGAGGCUGUACGGGGGAAGCUACGUCUACAGCACAGCAUUGAAAGGGAAAAGCUGAUCGUGUCAUGUGAGCAGGAGAUUCUGCGGGUUCACUGCCGGGCAGCCAGGACCAUUGCUAACCAGGCAGUGCCCUUCAGUGCAUGUACAAUGCUGCUGGACUCUGAGGUCUACAACAUGCCUCUGGAAAGCCAGGGUGAUGAGAACAAAUCUGUGCGAGAUCGUUUCAAUGCCCGCCAGUUCAUCUCCUGGCUGCAGGAUGUGGAUGACAAGUAUGACCGUAUGAAGACAUGCCUGCUGAUGCGGCAACAGCAUGAGGCUGCGGCCCUCAAUGCCGUGCAGAGGAUGGAGUGGCAGCUGAAGGCUCAGGAAUUGGACCCUGCCGGGCACAAGUCCUUGUGUGUGAAUGAGGUGCCGUCCUUCUAUGUGCCCAUGGUUGAUGUAAAUGACGACUUUGUGCUGUUGCCAGCGUGACACCCAUGGAAGAGCCACAGGACAUAAACCAAGGGCCAUAUGCGUCGCCCAGUGCUGCCGAUGAGUCCCGGCAGUGGAGGAGGGAGCACCACGUCCGUUGGGUGGGAGGAGCCCAGAGACUGCACCAGGCCAUGUGUGUCUCCCAUUUGCAGAUGCCAGGGAGGCAGAGGCAUCUCUUUCUACCAGCUGCCACCAGGAGCAUGAGGUCUGUACCCUGCAGAGCCUUGCCAGCCUCGGGACAAGGAGACUGCAGCAAGCAGACACAGCAGCUCUGUCUCAGCUGUGCCCUUUGGAUUUUCUUCCAGCCAACGGCAGGGCACUUGAGUCUCAGAACAGAGUGAUUUUUAAAUUCCUUGUUCCGUUCUGAUCAGCUAAAUGAAAACAGACUAUAAAGCGUCCACCUCACACAAGCAGUGACCCCUAGGUCAGAGGGGCAGGAAAGCGCCAUCCCACAUGGUCCUUAGGACAGGCUUGGACACUGGGAUGCUGGUGCCAGCAAGGACCUGGCUGCCACCUGCCCAGACACAGAGGGACGCAGCCAGGACUCUCCAAUAGUGUUUUUAAUGGAGUCAAAUCCACGUGGUUUGUAUAUUUUUCCUUUAAUCUUGGGCAUUUUGUUUCUCUUUCUGAGAACGUAACUUGAAACACUACAGAGCCAAUAAUCCUAUAGAGUGUAUCCGCAAACCUGUACAGUUUUAUAUACAUUCACAAUGUACUUUUGCUGCCUUCUAGAUAAUUUAUUUUGCAACACAUUACUGCACAGUUGUAAAUAACUUAUGUACUGUAACAUCACUUUCAGUUAUGUGUAAAGAAAUAAAUUAAUUAAAAUGUU